AUGGGAAAUAUAAACGUAGAACAAAAUGAUCCAUGUUUAUUUCGGUUAUCUGCUACUUUUUCAUCUGAUCAGAUAGACUGUAUCUGUGAAGCACUCUAUCAAGCACGUGAUGGUGCGAAAUUAUUAGAAUUAUUUGAACCAAUUGCAAAUAAUAUUAUGUUUUACCGGUGUCGGUACUAUUCAAGUUCCGUACUUCGUGCUUAUCUUUAUGCACUCUAUUACGGAAAACGUUAUGAGGAAUUAUUUCAGACGAUAGCGUCAAAUACGUUCGAACAACGAUUUUAUAAUGAAUUGCAAGAUUUAUGGUAUAAGGCGCGCUAUGCUGAGAAUGAAGAACGACGACAAAAGGAGCUGGGCGCAGUAGAGAAAUACCGCUUACGAAAGAAACAUCCGCCACCGCGGUCCAUCUGGGAUGGACAAGAAACUAUUUACAGUUUCAAGGAAAAUGCUAGAAAAAAAAACAAAUAUCCUACACUUGAGGAUAAAAAAGAAAUAGCACGAAUUACCGAUCUAAAGAUUAUACAGAUUUCAAACUGGUUCAAAAAUAGGCGUCAACGUGAUAAAAGCUCGUCAACAGGGCAAUUUUCAUCAGGAGUGCCGAUACAGUUUGAUAAUUUGAAUUUAUAA